ACGUUUUCGUUUUCGUUUCAGUAAGAAGUGACGAAUAAGUGUUUAUUUGCUAUUUAAAAUUAAAAAUAUGGCUGCUGAAAUAAAGCCUGCACCAAGGACACCUAACGAUAGAUUUUCCACAACUAAAAAACCGGCUCUUCUUAGCAAAUUAGAAGGUUGUACCGACGAUGUUAACGCUGCAGUCGUCAUCCCUGGCGAGGACGGAGUUAUUAGUGUUUGUGAUGAUAAGACAGUUCGAGUAUGGCUGAAGAGAGAUUCAGGUCAGUACUGGCCAAGUAUUUGUCAGUACAUGCCUUCUGGUUGUACAUCGAUGUUUUAUACUCCCGAAACAAGGCAGUUAUUUAUCGGUCAAGAAAAUGGAACCAUUUCUGAAUUUGUACUGGCACAAGACUGCAAUAGGAUAAAUCCUACACGAGAAUAUCUAGCACAUACAGCACGCGUUACAGCUGUGGUGUUUUCCCUAAGCUGUGAGUGGGUGCUCUCAGUCAGUCGUGAUAAGCUGUUCUCCUAUCACUGCAGUGAAACUGGUCGCAGGAUCGGUGGCUACUCGUUUGAAGCCUGGUGCACUGCUUUGCAAUUUGACUCGCAGUCAAAAUAUGCAUUUAUUGGAGAUUACAGUGGCCAGAUAACAAUGUUAAAAUUAGAUAAUAAUGGUGCAACCCUAGUCACGACGUUGAAAGGACACACAGGAUCUGUGCGUGUCUUAAACUGGGCUCCCUUACCGCAGCUACUGUUUAGUGGUUCCUUCGAUCAGACUAUUAUUGUGUGGGAUAUUGGCGGUCAGAAAGGAACAGCAUAUGAACUUCAAGGUCAUAGCAACAAGGUGACGGGUCUGUGGUACGUGGGCGGCUGCGCGCGGCUGGUGUCGUGCGGCGAGGACGGCGCGCUGGGCGUGUGGGAGAUGGGCGUGGCGCGCCGGGAGACGCCCGCGUGGCGCGAGGCCGACCUGUGCCAGCUGUGCCGCGCGCCCUUCAUCUGGAACGUGCGCGCCAUGAUGGAGAAGAAGCAGCUGGGUCUCCGGCAGCACCACUGCCGCUGGUGCGGCGCGGCGGUGUGCGGCGCGUGCUCCCCGCACCGCCUGCCGCUGCCCGUCAUGGGCUUCGAGUUCCCGCAGCGCGUGUGCUCCGCCUGCUACGACACGCUGCGCCACGAGCCGCGCGAGUCGCUGGCGUCGUUCCACGACAUGAAGCACGCGGUAGCGUCGCUGUUCGUGGACGAGGCGACUGGCCGCAUGUGUACUGCUGGCAAAGAUCGCGUCAUUAAGGUAUGGGAUAUAAGCGUGUUGCUUGCACCUGCGCCAAAGCCGGGCACUAGCGAGCAAUAGUGAACCUUAUGGCGACGACACAUCAUCGAAAUUCAAUCAAACAUGUUAAAUGUCCAUUGAUAACAACAUUAAUCCAUGUUUAAUCUGUGCUAAGUUAAAUAAAAUUAAGUGGAGGUGAAAAAAAUUAAAAAAAAAAAAAUUGAAAGUAUAAAUGUUUAAAAUAUUAAUUUAUUUCUUAGUUAAAAGAUAUUCUAUGUUUUAAUAUGUACGUAAAAACAUUCUUAAUUGUGAUUUUAUUCGAAAUUUGUAUAAUUUCUAACUUUAUUGACGGAUCUGAAAUGUUCUGUUGUUUUUGAAACUGUUGAAAAAAUGUUGAAAGUUUUAAAACAGCGAUCUUUAAGGGGGAUUCUGCUUUAGGGGGCCCAAAAAAGCGUUUUGUGGGGAGUGUUUUAGGUUAAAAAAAAAUUAGCAACUCUAGCGAUCUUUUUAGAUUAUGUUAUAUCAUAUCUGUUCACGGAGAAAAAAAAAACACUCGUUGUACUUUGCACUGUCCGAUUUACUCGUAAUCGAUUCCCGUGAAAUCUGCAUUUUCCUGGUUUCGCUUGGGUUAAAGUUUAGGUAUAAAGCACGUCUACGAAUUCAAAAUAUUUGGAACGAUCGUCAAAUCUUUGUCAAUUUAUUAUUAUUAAUAUUAUUAUUAUUAUAGUUCAGAGUUAUUCGACCGAGGGAUGGGAGUGCGAAACUACCCGAGCGUUCUAUACCUGCUCCAUACAACAUUGUGUUCAGUGCUGUAUCUUUGAAAAUAUUUCGAACUAACCUAUAUAACUUUGUCUAUACAUUCUUAUUAUAUGUAAUAAUAAAUAAAAUGAAUUUUGCGCCUUCUAAAGCAGCAUCCCCUUAAGUAUCUCUUUAUUCUUUGGUCUGUAUCUGUUUACCGACAUGUAUUGUUUCCUUUUUAUUGUUUUGGCGCCAUUAGAAGUCUAUAAACUAAGUAAAUAUAUAAAAUAGUUAAUAACCUA